CUAAUAUUCAAUUUUCUAAAUUUAGUACAUACAUUUUCACUUAAACAAUAAAAUAAAAUAAAAAAAUAAGAAAUCACAAUUCAUGAUCCCAUACAUUAUAAAUUCGAUCUACAAAGGAAGUUAGAAGUUUUAUUCGCCGCUGUAAAAUGAUUCAUAGGUCCAAAAAGGUGACGAAGUCUAUUAAUGAUGUUAAAAACAAUUGCAUAAAACAAAUGAAAAUAAGUCCAAAUAAAUCUAAAUCUUUACGUUCCAAAAUUGAUCCUGCUUAUCCUCCACUUUCAAAACCGGCGCUACGCAAAGAAAAUGAUCCAGGACAGACAAAGAAAAUUAAACUUACUGAUACAGCUCUUCGUGAUGUCCGUCAUUUAAGUGAAACUGAUUUGAUUUCGAAUUCAACAGCAGUAUUUAAAAAGUUAACAUCACACUCGAAACAGAAAAAAGAAAGUUUUGUAAAUAAUAAAAACAAGGAAUCAGACACCAAUUUGACACCCAAGCUUUCGCAGGUACUGGAUGGUUUGAUGGAAAAGCUGGUUGAAAUGAGGAAUAAUUACGAAGAAUCCUUACAAACGGUGAAAAGCUUAGGUGAUUUGAUGGAAGAGAUCUCAACCGAUUUCAAGGCUCUCUCUCGUGCUAUGAAUGAUAACGUUUAUUUGUUACACCAUAAUACUAUACAGAAAUUCCAUGCAUUAGAAAAUAGAGAGAGAAAAAUGUUUAAAAAUUAUCAUGUCAUUGAAUAUAUGGUUAAUAAGUUUGGAGAUGAAUUAGAGAAGACAAGAAAAAAUCUCAAUGUAAUUCAUUCAAAACAAUAAAACUGAAUAUCAAAG